CAGCUCAGCAGCUCCUGGGGUUCUAAUUCUUUUUUUUUUUUUUCUGAGUAGGAAAAGGAGCUUUCCGCUCCGCCAGGCCGACUUUUCCUCUUCCUUCUUCCCUCCUCUUGGGACCAUCGUUACCAUGCACCGUCUCGCGAGAACGCGAACCACCGUCGGCCGCACCGCAGCUCGCCUCUCGUCCUCAUUCUCCCUUCUGUCGUCCCCCACAGCUCCUUCCAGCAUGGCAUCCGAGACAGCGGCCGCGAGGCGGAUAGCGGCCACCGCGCAACAUAUCCGCCCCAUAAGCGGGCUCGCCUCGACGGCGACGAGCUACCCAACCACGCACGAGAAGAUCGCCGCGCCAGAGGACACGCCGUACUUUCUGAACAACCAAUUUGUGCCGAGCCAGACGGACAAGUUCAUCGACCUGCACGACCCGGCGACGAACAACCUGGUGACGCGCGUGCCGCAGAUGACCGAUGCCGAGCUGCGGGCCGCCGUCGACAGCGCCCAGCGGGCCUUCCCGGCCUGGAGGGCGACGAGCGUGCUCGCACGGCAGCAGAUCAUGUUCAAGUUUGUCAACCUGAUCCGCGAGAACUGGGACCGCCUCGCGGCCAGCAUCACCCUCGAGCAGGGCAAGACGUUCGCCGACGCCAAGGGCGACGUGCUGCGCGGUCUGCAGGUCGCCGAGGCCGCGUGUGGCGCUCCGGAGCUGCUCAAAGGCGAGCUGCUCGAGGUGGCCAAGGAUAUGGAGACGCGGUCCUACAAGGAGCCGCUGGGCGUCGUUGCCGCCAUCUGCCCCUUCAACUUUCCCGCGAUGAUUCCGUUAUGGUGCAUUCCGAUCGCCACCGUUACCGGCAACACCCUGAUCCUGAAGCCGUCUGAGAGGGAUCCCGGCGCGGCGAUGAUCCUGGUCGAGUUGGCGAAGAAGGCCGGCUUCCCCGACGGCGUCGUCAAUGUUGUUCACGGCGCGCACCGCACUGUCGACUUCAUCCUCGACGCCCCCGAGAUCAAGGCCAUAAGCUUCGUCGGCGGGAACAAGGCGGGCGAGUACAUCUAUAGUAGGGCAUCGGCGAACGGUAAGAGGGUCCAGGCCAACCUCGGCGCCAAGAACCACGCAGCCGUCAUGCCCGACUGCAACAAGAAUCAGUUCAUCAACGCCGUCGUCGGCGCCGCUUUCGGCGCUGCCGGCCAGCGAUGCAUGGCUCUCAGCACCCUAGUCAUGGUGGGCGAGACGAAGGAGUGGCUGGCCGAAGUCGCCGAGAGCGCCAAGAAGCUCCAGGUCAACGGCGGCUUCGAGCAAGGGGCCGACUUGGGCCCCGUCAUCUCGCCCCAGAGCAAAGAGAGGAUUGAGGGCCUGAUCGCGAGCGCGGAGCAGGAGGGCGCGACGAUCCUCCUGGACGGGCGCGGCUUCAAGCCGGCCAAGUACCCCAACGGGAACUGGGUGGGGCCGACGAUCAUCAGCAACGUGACGCCGGUGAUGAGGUGCUACAAGGAGGAGAUCUUCGGGCCGGUGCUGGUGUGCCUGAACGUGGAGACGCUCGACGAGGCGAUCGAGCUGAUCAACCGGAACGAGUACGGCAACGGCGUGGCCAUCUUCACGCGGUCGGGGCCGACGGCGGAGACGUUCCGGCGCAACAUUGAGGCGGGCCAGGUGGGCAUCAACGUGCCGAUCCCGGUGCCGCUGCCGAUGUUCUCGUUCACGGGCAACAAGAAGAGCGUCGCGGGCGGCGGCGCUAACACGUUCUACGGACGGCCCGGUAUCAACUUCUACACGCAGCAGAAGACGGUGACGGCGCUGUGGUCGAGCGCCGACGCGAUCUCGCGAAAGGCAGACGUGGCGAUGCCGACGCACAAUUAGUCGGUCCAUCGAGCCGAGCGAGGCGUGAGCAGGUCCAGUCUGUUCGGACCCGUCCAUACUAUCCACGUGUCCGCCAUCUCAGGCUGAAAAAGGGCGAUGAGGUUAGUUGGAGCAAGAUAAAAGAGUCGGAUGGGCCCCCCUUCUUUUUUUUGGGGGGGGGGGAUUGUUGGGGUUCGUAUUACGAACUGUAUAUACCUAUAAUGGCAUUCGAAUACAGGUAGGCAGAUGUAGCAAGCGUGAGUACCGAGGAGCAUGGGCGAGCUUGCAUCGCUGUCGAUCAAUUUAAUUAUCGUUGUCUUCCGGUGACAAGUCCUAGGAGGGAGGGAGGGAAAGUAGAAAAGUGAAGAAGAGGGAUGCCGCCGAUGCCUUGCUAUCGAGAUGCGCCUGUGGAGUCGAUGAUGGAUGGCGUAUAAGGUACCUACAUAGGCAGGGGCAUAAUACAAAACGAAAUAGGCAACUAUAUGAUAUUAGGUGUUUACCUAGGUAGGUGAUAUGCAAUAACUGGUUGGUGAUUUCGUUGUGAGGAGUUCAUAAAGAUGGCUCAUGUUACCGUCCGGCUCAUCGAAAUGGCGGUAAGAUACAUAUGUAUAUCGUAC